AUGGCGUCAAUAGCCUCAUCCUCCACACAGAACGGCACCGCUGCUCAACCCGCACGCUACGCUCUGGCCGAGGCCAUCCUAGGCAAGGAAGCGUUUCUUCAAACAAACACAGCCAAGAUCCUCGUCGUUGGCGCCGGAGGGAUCGGCUGCGAACUCCUCAAAAAUCUCGUGCUCACCGGCUUUGGCAACAUCGAGAUCAUCGACCUCGACACUAUCGACCUCUCCAACCUCAACCGUCAGUUUCUCUUUCAAAAGCAGCACAUCAAGAAGCCCAAGUCGAUCGUGGCGAAGCAGACUGCAUCCUCCUUCAACCCGCUUGUAAACAUCGUCGCCCAUCAUGCCAACAUCAAGGAGCCUCGUUUCGGUGUUUCAUACUUCCAGGGCUUCGACCUCGUCCUGAACGCGCUCGACAAUCUUGAUGCGAGACGAUGGGUCAACAAGAUGUGCGUUGCUUCUGGAGUUCCGCUCCUUGAAAGCGGUACCACAGGCUUCCGAGGGCAGGUGCAGCCGAUCAGGCCCGGUCUUACCGAAUGCUACGAUUGCCAGCCUAAAGAAACACCCAAGACUUUUCCCGUAUGCACGAUCCGCUCCACACCUUCAACACCGAUCCACUGCAUCGUGUGGGCCAAAAGCUGGCUCUUCACGCAGCUGUUCGGCGCUGAUGAUGAAACCGAGGAAGACGAACUCGACAAGGCGGUGGCGGAUGGUGAAGAUGCACAGGAGAUCGACAGCCUGCGUAAAGAGGCCCGCGAGAUGCGCGACAUUCGAGCCGCCUUGGUCGAGGCAGCCAAGCAAGGUGAUCAGCAGCGUGUUCGCAGUGUUGUAGAGAGAAUCUUCAACAAGGUGUACAAGAACGAUAUCGAGCGUCUGCUCGGCAUGGAAGAGAUGUGGACCCAUCGCCCCGUCAAGCCCGUUCCGCUCGUCUUUCAGGAUGCUGUCAACGGUGUCUCUGCGGCAGGAAGCGAGAAUGCGCAGCCAGAAGGCGCUCCCGCCAUCCAAGCUGAUGCGGGUCCUUCAGCCGACGCAGCAACAAAGUCUCAGCCUCCGCAAAACGCCUCUACGCUCAAGGACCAACGCACGCUCAGCUUGCAGGACAAUGUGGAACUCUUCCUCUCGAGCACAUCCGCACUUGCGGUUCGCGCGGCAGCGGACCUCUCCAAUCCGCUCUCGUUCGACAAGGACGACGACGACGCGCUCGAUUUCGUCACUUGCACUUCCAACUUGCGCUCGAUCGUCUACCACAUCGACCGCAAGACGCGCUUCCAGGUCAAGCAGAUGGCGGGCAACAUCAUCCCCGCCAUCGCCUCGACCAACGCCAUCAUCGCCGGCAUGCUCGUCCUCCAAGCCCUGCACAUUUUGAGCGGCAAGUGGGACAAGACGCGCUUCAUCACGCUGACGCGCGGAUCGGACCGAUACAUUUCCGGGUUUCCUCCUGCUCAGCCUAAUCCGAAAUGCGGUGUUUGUCAGGAUGUGUAUAUUCCGAUCGAGGUCAGCAGUUUGACGGAGGUGACGUUGGCAGAUGUUGUGGACAGAGUGGCGAAGGAGGCUUUGGGAAUGGACGAGGAGGAUUUGGUGGUGUACGACGGAGCGAGGAUCUUGGCUGAUCCCGAUUUCGAGGAUAACCUGGAGAAGAGUUUGACCGAGAUGGGUUUGCAGCAAGGUUCGAUCCUGACCAUUACGGAUGAGGAUCAGAGGUUGCAGGCGGUCAAUGUUGUCAUUUCCGUUGGCGGGACGGAGAGCGGGGAGAAGAUCAAGAUUGCAGCGAAGGAUGUCAAGAAGCCGCAGCCGAGGUAUGUCGAGUCAAAAGCGGAUGAGGACGAUAGCGACGACGACGAUAUCGUUGCAGAGGUGGCUGAGGCAGAUGUACCUGCCAAAGCGACUGCUGCAGCGUCAGUAGCCAGCAAGACAGUGGCGGGUACAAAGCGAUCUCGUCCCGACGAAGAAGGCUCUCCGGAUCAGACGACUCUACAAUCAAGCUCUGCCGUCACCCCGGACAAGAAGCAAAAGCUUCAGCAGGACGGAGCCAACGCCGAUUCCGCCAUUGUAUUCGACUAG